CGCGUCAAGCUGGAGAGCGCGGCGGGGCCGGGGCCCGCGGCGGGCGGCGGCUGGGGCGGUCCGUGCCGCUUCGGGACCGAGCUGGUCCCGCCGGGCCCCGCGCCACCCUGGCCCACCUUCUUCGCCGAGGAGGGGCAGCUGUACGGGCCGUGCCCCGAGCCGCCCGCCGGGCCCGCCGACUGCCCCGCCGACGCCUGGUACCCGCCAGGCCGGGCGCCCUUCGCCGCCCCCGCCGCCGGCAUCAAGAGCGAGCUGGAGCCCUGGGUCGAGGGCUACGCCGGCGCCUACGGCGACCUCCGGUUGGAGACUGGCCGUGACCACGUCCUGCCCAUUGACUAUUACUUCCCACCUCAGAAGACCUGCCUGAUCUGUGGAGAUGAAGCGUCCGGGUGCCACUACGGAGCCCUCACGUGUGGGAGCUGCAAAGUCUUCUUCAAACGGGCAGCUGAAGGCAAACAGAAGUACCUGUGUGCCAGCCGGAAUGACUGCACCAUCGACAAGUUCCGAAGGAAAAACUGCCCGUCCUGCCGCCUGCGGAAGUGCUACGAGGCCGGGAUGACGCUCGGAGCCCGCAAGCUGAAGAAACUGGGUAACCUGAAGACACAGGAUGAGGUGGAGGCAGGCAGCUCAUCCAGCCCCACGGAGGAGCAAGCUCCCAAGCUGGUGAUGACACGCAUCGAUGGCUACGAGUGCCAGCCCAUCUUCCUCAACGUCCUGGAGGCCAUCGAGCCCGGUGUGGUGUGUGCUGGCCACGACAACAGCCAGCCAGACUCCUUCUCCAACCUGCUGACCAGCCUGAACGAGCUUGGGGAGCGGCAGCUGGUCUACGUCGUCAAAUGGGCGAAGGCCCUGCCAGGAUUUCGCAACCUGCAUGUGGACGACCAGAUGUCAAUAAUCCAGUACUCUUGGAUGGGCCUCAUGGUGUUUGCUAUGGGGUGGAGAUCCUUCACCAACGUCAAUUCCAGAAUGCUUUACUUUGCUCCAGACCUGGUCUUCAAUGAGUACCGCAUGCACAAAUCCAGGAUGUACAGCCAGUGUGUCAGGAUGAGGCACCUCUCCCAGGAGUUCGGGUGGCUUCAGAUCACGCCCCAGGAGUUCCUCUGUAUGAAGGCUCUCCUUUUCUUCAGUGUUAUUCCAGUGGAUGGCCUGAAGAACCAGAAGCUCUUCGAUGAGCUCCGCAUGAAUUACAUUAAGGAACUUGACCGUAUCAUCGCCUGCAAGAGGAAGAACCCCACCUCCUGCUCCCGGCGGUUUUACCAGCUCACCAAGGUCCUGGACUCCGUGCACCCGAUUGCCAAGGACCUGCACCAGUUUACAUUUGACCUGUUAAUCAAGGCACACAUGGUGAGCGUGGACUACCCGGAAAUGAUGGCUGAGAUCAUCUCUGUGCAGGUUCCCAAGAUCCUGUCUGGAAAAGUCAAGCCUAUCUACUUCCAUGCACAGUGAUCUUCCAUAGGGACCCCUGAGCUGCCUCCCCCAUUCCAGCCAUCUCCUGCCUGUUAUUUCUGCACUACUGUCCUGCA